CUUAAACACGUCAAUCUUAGUGUAGGAAGCGGGUUUUGUCGGUAUACGGGUGGGGAAAAAUGACAGCAUCAAAGUGCUAGAACGCAGAGAAGCCGCUGCUGGUGAAGAUGGCGGAUGGGGAUAGUGGGAGUGAGCGCGGUGGUAGCAGCGGUGGUGGAGGAGGCAGCGGAUUCCCCCAUUUCCAUCGGGAUCAAGAAGAGACCCAGGAGCUGGCCUCCAAACGCCUGGACAUCCAGAACAAGCGUUUCUACUUGGACGUGAAGCAGAACUCGAAGGGCCGGUUCGUGAAGAUCGCCGAGGUCGGCGCCGGCGGCUCCAAAAGUCGGCUGACGUUGUCUAUGUCGGUGGCAGCGGAAUUCCGCGACUACUUGGGCGACUUCAUCGAGCACUACGCCCAGCUCGGGCCUAGCACCCCGGAGCAGAUCGCACAGUCCUCGGGCGGGGAGGACGGCGGUCCAAGACGGGCCUUAAAGAGCGAGUUCUUGGUGAGGGAAAACCGCAAAUACUACCUCGAUCUGAAGGAGAACCAGCGCGGGAGGUUCCUGAGGAUCCGUCAGACCGUUAACCGCGGCGCAGGGUUCGGGAUAGGAGGGGGAGUGGCCCCUGGGGCGGCCAUGCAGUCGGGACAAACCAUCGCCCUCCCAGCUCAGGGACUAAUCGAGUUCCGCGACGCCUUGGCCAAGCUGAUAGACGACUACGGCGGCGAUGAUGACGAGCUAGCCGGGCCUGGAUGCGGCGCCGGCGGCUACAGCGAGCUGCCCGAGGGCACGUCAAUCACCGUGGACUCGAAGCGCUUCUUCUUCGACGUUGGCGCCAACAAAUACGGCGUGUUUCUGCGGGUCAGCGAGGUGAAGCCCAGCUACCGGAACUCGAUCACGGUGCCGUUUAAAGCCUGGAGCAAGUUCGGGGGAGCUUUCUGUCGCUACGCCGAGGAGAUGAAGGAGAUCCAGGAGAGGCAGAGAGAUAAAAUGUACGAGCGGAGAGCGGACGAAGAGUCCGAGGGAGACGACGUGGACGACGACUGAUUUCUUAUCCCCCCCACAGGACCGGGCUUUUGUGUCCACCACCCCCGCGUUGGACAACCUCGAAAGGAUGUGCAUGACGAACUUUAUUACUAAAACACCCAUCGCGAAUAAAGUUGUGUGACUGACAAACAUGGCGUAAAUAAAAUAAAAGAAUCUGUAAAGCAUACACAGAGCUAGCUUAGCUAAGCUAAGCGACUUUUCUCUAGCUAGUUAGCUAAGCUAGCUGUACUAGGCCUAGUUAGUGAAAGCUACUUUUUUUGGGGUGCAGACCUGUUUUUAAAUGGCAUGUAAGAAAAAAGGCAUAAUUAAACCAACCAAAAAACCUGUUCUUAAUGUGCUUAUGAACAAAAUGUAAGCAUAUACAGUGUUACUUAUUGAGGUUAUUUACAGUAUUGCAUUGCCAUAAUUAGACAGAAGACCAGCAAGUUCACAACAACAAACUUAAUAAUCAGGAAGUUUGGUUCAUGGAUUUUUUUUCACCUGUGUUUCAGGUCUCUGUUAAUAGAUUUAUUUACUUUUGGCUCCAGUUUCUGGGCUAAGAUUUCAUUUCAAAAAGUUCAAGCAGAAACUUGGACAUUUUGCAGUAUAUACAGACACAUUACGUGGACCAUUGACACAAAAAAGGUGCUAUGAAAUAUUUCACCAUGCCCCUUAAACAUUACUUAUAUGUAUUAUUAUUAUUAUUAUUAUUACAAACAUGUAAAAUACAAAACCAGUUCAAUGUACAUACUAAAUUAUUAUAAAUCUGUCCUACAGAGAUGGUCGAAGGUUGACAAAGCACACAGCCACUAUUAUCCUAAAAGAUACUGAUACUUUGACACUUUGCUCCUAAAUACUCUGAAAGUUAAUGCAGAAACUUCAUUAUUUUUUAAAGGAUACUAUAUUAACCUGUUUUAGACCAGCGCUUGAGGUGGAGAUUCAGUAUCUGUUCGUGUUAGAAGUUAGUGAAUUGAAGAAGAAGAAGAAAAAAGAGUGUAACUGGAAAAUGCAUUAUAUUCAACAUAAAACUCACCCAAUAGGGGUUAAAUACUUAUUUUUAAACAUGAAAUUAGAAAUAUAUAUAGAAAUAUAUUUAUAUAUAGGAAUAUAGAAUUGAUUCAGUUAUAACAGGCUUAUUUAAACAAAUCUUGGAUGCAAUUAUCCAGUGGGAUAUUUCUUCUGUUUUGUUUAGUUUUUUUCCUCCUUAAUUUUUCCACAUGGUCUUUAUUGACACUAAGGCCAUAAGAACAUAGAAAAAAUAUUUAAGAUGCUUUGUAACCUUUCUCUCUACAAUUUGACUUGGAAAAAAAAAUCCCUCCUCUAGAGAAAUGUUUCUUUUAGCCUUUUAUAUUAUUUGUAUUAUCUGAAUAUGCAUAAGACAUCAUGAAUUUCCCAGAACAGCCCAUUCUCAUCAAUCUACAUCACUUUUCCAUGAGAUUUUAAAGCAUGUUAUAUCUGUUACAGUUGACAACCACUCCGUCUGAUCUUUUUGUACCUGUUUUGAUCACUGUAUGCUGUAUCGUUAAACAUUUCAUUUUGUCUAGAGAAAAACAAGGAGAAUUUACAAACUGUGACAUUUGUCGCACAUAGCCUCGAUGUGUGAACUCUUUCUUCAGGUUUUGGUUUAAAACUCUUGUCAUAUACACCACCUGGGAGCAAUAGCAGUUUUAUACUACUUUUAAUAUCAGUUUUGGUUUUGCCUUCAGUUGAGAUCUUUCUGUACCAUGUCCCAUGAAAAAGGCAGCUGUUCAGUCAACAUCAUUCUGCUGUAACACUCCCAACAACUUCCUUUCAAUGACAAAUAAAAAUUCUUUGCUGAUGA